AUGCACGAUAUCGGUCAAAUCAUUACGAUGUGUAGCAAAACGUUAACCAGCUUAAGAUUCGUAUUCCGGACAUCAGUUGGGUUCUCCCCAAGCAUCAUAGGAGCUGUGAAGCAAGUCGAAAAUCUCAAGGUCUUAAACAUUAUUGGUGGCUCGUUCGGAACUCCAAUCAACGACUUGGAGUCGCUGAAGGACCUUCUCGAGGCCACUCUAAGACUACAGUCAUUGUCUCUCGAACUUGGUUUCCUACAACGACUACAUAUCAGCCCUGAGUCACUGCGUUAUCUUGAGCAUUUGUCGGUGAAGUGCACCUCAAACAACUCUGACGCUCUGGCCCAUCUCUGCAAAUUUCAUGGCAAAAACAUUAAAUGCUUGGAAUACAUACCUCACCACGAUCGUGAUCAAGCUACUUCAAUGCUGUUGGCCGUACGAUCCACGAUCAAAAUUCUCUUCACCGACUCCGUGCCUAAUUCGCUAGCAGUCAACGUCCGCAAUGUGACGUUUCCACUAUUAAAAGUGGUGUGCACGCUCGAACCACCCACAGGGCAUCGGGAUCUUCGAUGGCUUGAGUCUGAGUUCUUCCGAAAUAUGAAAAUCAUGAUCACAAAUUACGAUCACUCGAAUGACUACUGGCAUGUGAUGCUGAGAAACUACAAUGGCGCGUCGUUGACCACACCACCUGACUUCAAGCAUAUUAUCUUUGUCACGCAAGAUGGUGUCAAUAUCGAAGAUCGUCCUUUAGCUCAGAGAUUUGAAGUUUAUGGGAUUUGCUGUGUUUUCAGAGCUCAAUUGUCGUACUCAGAAAUAAUGCAUGGUGCCUGUGCUUAUUCUGGCUUUUGA